AUUUUUUCCCAAAAGGUACCUCAAUAUAUAUGUUGGAGUUCCAGAUGUUGAAGAAAGCUUCAAUGUCACCCGACCAGUGUCUCCUCAUGAGUGUCGUCUGCGAGACAUGACAUAUUCUGCUCCUAUCACAGUUGAUAUUGAAUAUACCAGAGGAAGUCAGAGGAUUAUCCGCAAUGCUCUACCAAUUGGCAGGAUGCCGAUUAUGCUUCGCAGUUCCAACUGUGUUCUGACAGGGAAGACUCCAGCUGAGUUUGCCAAGUUAAAUGAAUGCCCUCUGGAUCCAGGUGGUUACUUUAUUGUUAAAGGUGUGGAAAAGGUCAUUCUAAUUCAAGAGCAGCUGUCUAAAAACAGAAUUAUUGUGGAAGCAGACAGGAAAGGAACUGUUGGAGCCUCUGUUACCAGUUCUACCCAUGAAAAGAAGAGCAGAACCAAUCUGGUGGUAAAGCAGGGCAGAUUCUACCUGAAGCACAAUACACUGUCAGAAGAUAUUCCCAUUGCCAUUAUUUUCAAGGCCAUGGGGGUUGAGAGCGACCAAGAAAUCGUCCAGAUGAUCGGAACUGAGGAACAUGUAAUGGCAGCUUUUGCCCCCAGCCUGGAAGAAUGCCAAAAAGCUCAGAUCUUCACCCAGAUGCAGGCUUUAAAAUACAUUGGUAAUAAGGUUAGAAGACAGAGAAUGUGGGGAGGAGGAGGGGCCCAAAAAGACCAGAGUGGAUGAAGCCCGGGAACUUCUUGCAUCCACUAUCCUGACUCAUGUGCCCGUGAAAGAGUUCAAUUUUCGAGCAAAAUGCAUCUACACGGCAGUGAUGGUUCGCAGAGUGAUUUUGGCCCAAGGGGAAAAUAAAGUGGAUGAUCGAGAUUAUUAUGGAAAUAAGAGAUUGGAGCUUGCAGGACAGCUGCUCUCCCUCUUGUUUGAAGACUUGUUCAAAAAAUUUAACUCUGAAAUGAAAAAGAUUGCAGAUCAAGUAAUUCCAAAACAAAGAGCAGCCCAGUUUGAUGUUGUAAAACAUAUGCGGCAAGACCAGAUCACCAAUGGCAUGGUGAAUGCUAUAUCUACGGGGAAUUGGUCACUGAAAAGAUUUAAAAUGGACCGUCAAGGUGUUACACAAGUGUUGUCUCGGUUGUCUUAUAUUUCAGCUCUAGGGAUGAUGACGCGAAUCUCUUCUCAGUUUGAGAAAACGAGAAAAGUCAGCGGCCCACGAUCCCUGCAGCCAUCUCAGUGGGGGAUGUUGUGUCCUUCGGAUACUCCUGAAGGAGAGGCUUGUGGUUUAGUGAAAAAUCUGGCACUAAUGACUCAUAUCACUACUGAUAUGGAAGAUGGGCCUAUCAUAAAGUUGGCUGGAAAUCUUGGCGUAGAAGAUGUCAAUCUGUUGUGUGGUGAAGAAUUGGCCUACCCUAAUGUCUUUAUAGUCUUUCUCAAUGGAAACAUCCUAGGAGUCAUUCGGGACCACCAGAAGCUGGUGAACACGUUUCGGCUGAUGAGACGAGCGGGCUACAUCAAUGAGUUUGUUUCCAUUUCCACCAACUUGUCAGACCGCUGUGUGUACAUCUCCUCGGACGGAGGCCGGCUGUGCAGGCCUUAUAUUAUUGUCAAGAAUCAGAGGAGUAUGGUGACCAACAAACAUAUGCAGGAGCUUACGCAAGGUUACAGGAGUUUUGAGGACUUUCUUCAUGAGGGUCUGGUGGAGUAUUUGGAUGUUAAUGAAGAGAAUGACUGUUACGUAGCCCUCUACGAGCACACUAUUACCAAACAAACAACACAUUUGGAGAUUGAGCCAUUUACCUUGCUUGGGGUUUGUGCUGGGCUUAUUCCAUAUCCUCAUCAUAACCAGUCCCCAAGAAAUACCUAUCAGUGUGCUAUGGGGAAGCAGGCUAUGGGUACAAUUGGGUACAACCAGAGGAACAGAAUUGACACAUUGAUGUAUUUACUGGCAUACCCGCAACGGCCAAUGGUUAAAACCAAGACCAUUGAGCUUAUAGACUUUGAAAAACUUCCUGCAGGACAAAAUGCCACAGUGGCAGUGAUGAGCUAUAGUGGGUACGACAUUGAAGAUGCCCUGGUAUUGAAUAAAGCUUCUCUAGACAGAGGCUUUGGACGAUGUCUCGUUUACAAAAAUGCAAAAUGCACUCUGAAGCGCUACAGCAAUCAGACAUUUGAUAAAGUCAUGGGACCCAUGUUGGACGCCACUACACGGAAGCCAAUAUGGAGACAUGAAAUUUUAGAUGCGGAUGGAAUUUGUUCACCAGGAGAAAAAGUGGAAAACAAGCAGGUCCUGGUGAACAAAUCCAUGCCAACUGUCACCCAGACUCCUCUAGAGGGCAGCACUGGGCCACAGCAACCACAAUAUAAGGAUGUCCUGUAUAAGGGGUCUACAGAGUCAUAUAUUGAAAAAGUCAUGAUUUCCUCAAAUGCAGAAGAAGCCUUCCUAAUCAAGAUCUUGCUGAGACAAACAAGACGACCAGAGAUCGGUGAUAAAUUCAGCAGUCGACAUGGACAAAAGGGAGUGUGUGGCUUGAUUGUUCCUCAGGAAGAUAUGCCAUUCUGUGAGACUGGCAUCUGCCCCGACAUCAUCAUGAAUCCUCAUGGCUUUCCAUCGCGUAUGACGGUGGGAAAACUUAUUGAACUGCUUGCAGGCAAGGCAGGGGUGCUGGAUGGCAGGUUCCAUUAUGGAACGGCGUUUGGAGGCAGCAAGGUUAAAGACGUCUGUGAAGAUCUAAUACGAUAUGGCUACAACUACUUGGGAAAAGAUUAUGUUACCUCUGGAAUCACUGGGGAACCUCUUGAGGCCUAUAUUUACUUUGGGCCAGUGUACUAUCAGAAACUGAAGCACAUGGUGCUGGAUAAGAUGCAUGCUCGAGCCAGAGGACCCAGGGCUGUCCUCACCAGGCAACCCACUGAAGGACGCUCUCGUGAUGGCGGUUUGCGUCUCGGUGAAAUGGAACGAGAUUGCUUGAUUGGUUAUGGAGCCAGCAUGCUGUUGCUAGAGAGGUUGAUGAUAUCUAGUGAUGCCUUUGAGGUGGACGUCUGUGGACAGUGUGGCCUGCUGGGCUAUUCUGGCUGGUGCCAUUACUGCAAGUCCUCCUGUCAUGUCUCCUCGCUGAGGAUUCCGUAUGCCUGCAAGUUACUGUUCCAAGAACUGCAGUCCAUGAAUAUCAUACCCAGACUUAAACUGUCAAGAUACAAUGAAUGA